UCAAUGUUGGCGGUAAGGUUGGAGGCAAGUUGUAACGUCAGAACAUCACAGUUUCCGAGUUAUAUUAAAGAAGGUAGAUGUAUCAACUCAGUAGUGUACGAUCUGUCAAGCCGACAACAUGGGCAAGCUAAUCUUUAUAUUGGGUUUGGUCACGAUGGCGCUGGCGUCGCCUUUUGACGACAGUUUCUUCAACCAACGUAACUAUGUAGAAACCCCUCUGGGUAAAAGCAUAGAUACGGCCACCCUGAAGCUGCUCAAGGAAGCUUACAACUUGGCAGAGGACAAGAACGUUGUCUCAUCUCCCCUCAGUCUCAUGAUCCUGUUGUCGUUGUACAACUCUGGAGCCGGCGUCCAAACCAAGGAGGAAAUCACUCGUUACCUGGGUGGCGCAGACUUUGAGACAGCUUACAAAGAUUUAAGUGUGAGGUUUGCCGACUUAAACCCGGAGGCUUUGACUGUCGCCAACAAGGUGUAUGUGGCUAGCAAGUACAACCUGAAGGACUCCUUCACCGCAGCAGCUCAGAGCUACCGCAGUGAGGUCGACAAGCUUGAUUUCGGUAAAAAAGAGGCCGCUGCUGCAACCAUCAACGAAUGGGCGAACGAGAAGACUAAGGGCAACAUCAAGGAUCCCGUCAAGCCCAGCAUGCUGAGUGAGGAUGUGGCCGCUGCUCUAUUCAACGUUAUUUAUUUCAAGGGUCACUGGCAUGUACCAUUCAAAGCUGAGGACACAGAAGAAAAAGAUUUCCACGUCACUAAGGAACAAGUAGUAAAGAAACCAACUAUGCGCUUGACACAGUCUUUGUUCUACGCUGAGAGCCCUGAACUCGGUGCUAGGUUAGUCGAAUUGCCGUACAAAGAAAGAGGAUUCCGCAUGGUCAUUGUGCUCCCGAACGAAAUUGACGGUCUACCUUCAGUGCUCGAGAAAGCUGCAGAAAAGGGACUUCUUGAUGAAGUGUUCAAACUACAACCCGCUGGCAGCGAUGUCGAGUUGGAGUUGCCUAAAUUUGAUAUCAAGAGCAAGCUGGACUUCAACGAAAUCUUACCAAAGCUCGGAAUAUCCAAACUGUUUGAGGAGCCCGCGUUAGGUGUUGUUCAGGACCAGUCAGUGGUCGUGUCCAAGGCAUUCCAAGAAGCUUUCAUCAAGGUUGAUGAGGAAGGAGCUACCGCUGGAGCAUUCACAGGAUUGAUAGUGGUUUUCACGUCUUCAAUUUCUGUGCCACCAAAACCAAUUAAGUUCAUAGUCGAUCGUCCAUUCUUGUAUACGAUUCUAUUUGAAGACAAAAUUCUGUUCACUGGAACUUACACCAAAUAAAGAAACAGUUAAAAAACACAUAAAGGUUUGACUUGAAGAAAACUUAAUUUCCAUCAAAGAUACCAACGCCUAAAGAAUUUAAAGUGGACCAUCCAUUCCUAUAUGUGAUUCUAUUCAAGGACAAUAUUCUGUUUGCAAGCGCAUAUGGCUAGUAAACUGAAUUGAAAAUUUAAAGUCAAUUGUUUUGUAAAUCUUGUUAUUUUUGUGCCAUCAUACCGAUCAAACUAUGUAUUACAAACC